AUGAUAUUUCAUGUGUCACACCAUGCGAAAGGUCCCCUAAAGAGGGUCACCAGUAAAUUUGCCAGCUUACAUGCAGGUCUGGACCUUUCCCCGGGUCUGGACCUUUCCCCGGGUCUGGACCUUUCCCCGGGUCUGGACCUUUCCCCGGGUCUGGACCUUUCCCCGGGUCUGGACCUUUCCCCGGGUCUGGACCUUUCCCCGGGUCUGGACCUUUCCCCGAGCCUAAGCAUGUUUCAUAAGCCUCGGGUUCGUAGUGACGGCCUCAGACAUGAGCCUCGCAGCCAGGGUCGAGCUGACACCAGCCCCGUGCUGCAGCCCUCUCCCAUUUCAACCUCAGAGAGAGAGAGAGAAAGCUGCGGACCUGCUGAACCGCCUGGAGAAACAAACUGCACCUACUUCAAGUUUUUCACCACGGGGGAAAACGCUGUGAUGUUUCAGAAGACGACACAAAAGAAUCUGAAUAUAGCCACAGCCAUGUUGGCCCUCUUCAGCCUGUUCCUGAUGGUGAUGGGAGCCACCUGCAUCACCAUGUCUCUCAGCAAGGAGAUCCUGUUCUUCCUCAAACCAGCAUCGGUCUGCUUCAUCCUGUCGGGGAUCCUGGUGCUUCUAUCCCUCGUAGUCUUCCACCAGUCCGUCUUGGCCUUCCUCGCCAGCGACCACAGGGUUCCCAUCCACCACGAGCUCUCCUGGUCGGUGUCGUGUAUCGGCUGCGCGGGGGCCGUCCUCAUCAUCGGAGGGAUCCUCUUCCUGUUGUUGGCGUUGCCCUGCAGCCCCUGGCAGAAGUGCUUCCCUAAUAAGGACAGUGGUGGAGGAGGCGGCAGCAGCAGCUAGUGGC